CGUUGGCCGCGGAUCCCUUUCACAGGCUUGCCCUCUCUCACUGGCGAUCUUCCUCGCCCCCACGCCAACUCGGACAGCUUGCUCAUUUACUGCAACGGUCAAGGCUGGCUCGUGCCAGAGCAGCGCGCGCGCGCACACACGGGGGGAAAACUUUUUUUUUUUUUUUUUUUUAAUGAAAGCCUAGACCAGCUCGUCGGCGGCGCGGGCGCUGCGCGAGGGGUUCGGAGCUGACUCCCCGCAGCAGGAAAUCCCUCGGGUCGCGACUCCCAGCCCCCGCUCGCCGUCCGCGUGGAAUGGUGCGCGCUAGCCGCGGGACCCCCAGAGCUGCUGCACCGAAGCCCGGCGACCAUGGCAGCGCGCCCUCCGCCCGCGCCCCCCGCCCGCGCCCUCUUGCUCGCCCUGGCUGGGGCCCUGCUGGCGCCCGGCGCCGCCCGAGGGGCGGUCUUGGGAAGCAGCCUAGCACCUGCAGCGCCCCAGGCCCCAGUGGGGGACCAGGGAGGAGCCUAUGAAGUCGUCAGCGCCUCUCUUUUGAACGGAGACGUGUGGGACCCGGUGCAGAGCGCCGCUGCCGCCAAGCAUCAUCCAGAAGUGCUGAGCUUUCGAAUGCGGCUGGAAAGCAAGGAGCUGAUCGUAAACCUGGAGAGAAACGAAGGCCUCAUUGCCAGCGGUUUCACGGAAACCCACUACCUGCAGGACGGCACCGACGUGUCCCUCACUCGAAACUACACGGGUCACUGUUACUACCACGGGCACGUGCACGGAUAUCCCGGGUCGAUGGUCAGCCUCAGCACGUGUUCUGGACUCAGGGGACUGAUCACAUUUGAAAACAAAACCUACGUCCUAGAACCAAUGGAAAACGUGACCAGCAGAUACAAGCUCCUCCCGGCAGCCACCCUGAAGGGCGUCUGGGGGUCGUGCGGAUUACACCACAACGUCUCCGGCCUCGCCGCGGCCAGCAGCCCCCCACCACCCUCCCGGACGUGGGCCAGAAGGCACAAAAGAGACACCCUCAAGACGACCAAGUACGUGGAGCUGGUCAUCGUCGCGGACAACCGAGAGUUUCAGAGGCAAGGCAAGGACCUGGAAAAAGUUAAACAGCGAUUAAUAGAGAUCGCUAAUCACGUUGACAAGUUCUACAGGCCGCUGAACAUCCGGAUCGUGCUGGUCGGCGUGGAGGUGUGGAACGACCUGGACAAGUGCCCCAUCAGCCAGGACCCGUUCACCAGCCUCCACGAGUUCCUGGACUGGAGGAAGAUGAAGCUUCUGCCGCGCAAACCCCACGACAACGCGCAGCUCGUCAGCGGGGUGUACUUCCAAGGGACCAUCAUCGGCAUGGCGCCCAUCAUGAGCAUGUGCACGGCGGAGCAGUCCGGGGGCGUGGUCAUGGACCAUUCGGACAGCCCCCUUGGUGCGGCCGUGACCCUGGCACACGAGCUGGGCCACAAUUUCGGGAUGAACCACGACACCCCGGAGAGAGGCUGCGGCUGCAGGACGGCUGCCGACAAAGGAGGCUGCAUCAUGAACCCUUCCACCGGGUACCCCUUCCCCAUGGUGUUCAGCAGCUGCAGCCGGAAGGACCUGGAGGCCAGCCUGGAGAAGGGCGUGGGCAUGUGCCUCUUCAACCUGCCGGAGGUCAAGCAGGCCUUCGGGGGCCCCAAGUGUGGGAACGGCUACGUGGAGGAAGGAGAGGAGUGUGACUGCGGGGAGCCGGAGGAAUGCACGAACCUCUGCUGCAACGCCACCACCUGCACCCUGCGGCCGGGCGCUGUCUGUGCCCACGGGCUGUGCUGCGAAGGCUGCCAGCUGAAGCCCGCGGGCACGCCGUGCAGGGGCCCGAGCAACGCCUGCGACCUGCCGGAGUCCUGCUCAGGGGCCAGCCCCCACUGCCCGGCCAACGUGCACCUGCACGACGGGCACCCGUGCCAGGGCGUGGACGGCUACUGCUACAACGGCGUCUGCCAGACCCACGAGCAGCAGUGCGUCACCCUCUGGGGGCCAGGCGCUAAACCUGCCCCCGGGAUCUGCUUUGAGAGAGUCAACUCUGCAGGCGACCCGUACGGCAACUGCGGCAAAGACUCCAGGAGUUCCUUCGCCAAGUGUGAGACGAGAGACGCCAAGUGCGGGAAAAUCCAGUGUCAAGGGGGCGCCAGCCGGCCGGUCAUCGGCACCAAUGCCGUUUCCAUAGAAACGAACAUCCCGCUGCAGGAGGGAGGCCGGAUCCUGUGCCGCGGGACCCACGUGUACCUGGGCGACGACGUGCCGGACCCGGGGCUCGUGCUUGCCGGCACCAAGUGCGCAGACGGGAAAAUUUGCCUCAACCGUCGGUGUCAAAACAUCAGUGUGUUCGGCGUCCACGAGUGUGCGAAGCAGUGCCACAGCAGAGGGGUGUGCAACAACAGGAAGAACUGCCACUGCGAGGCCCACUGGGCGCCGCCCUUCUGCGACAAGUUCGGCUUCGGAGGAAGCACAGACAGCGGCCCCGUCCGGCAAGCAGACAACCAGGGUCUGACCGUGGCCAUCCUGGUGACCGUCCUGUGUCUCCUCACGGCCGGGUCCGCGGCGUAUCUCACCAGGAGGCCGCUGACACGACUGCUGCUCACGGACAAGAAGACGACCGUGGAGAAGCUCAGGUGUGUGCGCCCGGCCCGGCCCUCCGGCGGCCCCCAGCCUGGUCAGGCUCCCCUCCCGCAGCUCGCCAAAGGCUGGACGAGGAAGCCAGCCCAGCCCGGCCCCACCAAGGACAGCCCCAAGAGACCGCCGCCGGGUCCGAGCGUCGACAUCAGCAGGCCCCUCCAAGCCCUGGACCCCCCGCGGCCCAGCUCGCCUCAGCGGGUGCUCCCGACCCUCCACCAGGCUGCCCGCGCGCCCGGGGUCCCCGCCAGGCCCCUGCCAGCCACCCCUGCUCCCAGGCAGGUCCAGGGAACUCGGAAGCCGAACCCUCCCCAGAAGCCGCUGCCUGCAGACCCUCUGAGCAAGGGGGCCCGGCUCAGCCACGCCUCCGCCAGGACCCCGGGGCAGCCGGAGUCCGGGCUCUGCCUGGCCCCCCUCAGAACAGCUCCCAAACGGCCACACCCAGUGCCCAGGCCCGCCCACCCCGCCUAUGCAAAGUGAGAAGCCAGCCGACACUUUUCCACGGUGAAGACAGAAGUUUGCACUACCUUUCAGCUCCGGGCGGAGUUCCCUUUUUGUACCAACUUUUAGAGUUUUCAUGUCGACACCACCGCUACUUUAGGAACUCCG